AUGUCUUCCUCCUCCACUCCUCCCACAACCACCGCCCCAAUGGUGCUGCUACUACUUCUAUUGAUAACGAUCACAUACCUUCCAUCUCCCAUCACUGCGCAAUCCAACUCCCCACUAAGCCCUACAAUCACAGAAUGUGGGCCUCGUAUCCUUCCCCUAGCCCUGUGUGCACCAUUCGUUCAAGGAGUAUCCAAUACCCCGACACAAUUAUGUUGCGAUAAUCUGAUGCAUGUCAAUGAACAGCAGCCUCGUUGCUUGUGCCUCUUGCUCAACAACUCUGGUUUGAGCUCGAGCUUCCCGAUUAACUCGACACUUGCCAUGCAACUUCCACUUAUGUGUAGUGUCAAUUUCGACAUUAGUUCUUGUUCAGGAUCUCCUUUGUCAUCGGUGUCACCUACGCCACAAGUUUCACUAGGGUCGAUCACCAAUACCACUACCAAUUCUACUGUUGCUUCUUCCCCAAUGGCGACAGUCAAUCCGAAGUCCCCACUGAUGGGAAUAGGUUAUCAUCCGAAUAACGCAAUAAAGGUGCGGGGAUCGUUGCAGUUACGGAUGAUGGUGGUGUUGACUAUCUUGACUUGCAUAUGGACUAGCACGCUAUAUUGA